AAAAGUUAACUCAUCUGACAUACGUGCUGUAAUACUUCAACUUAUCUCUCAUAAAAAAUUCUUGUCUUCUGUACAGCUGCAUGCCUUUAACUAAAUUCAAGUUAAUAUAAUGGGCAGAGGAUUGUUUCUUGAAGCUGAAUAAAGAAGAGGAUCCGAAAAGAUAUAGGUAUUUUGACAUCGUGCACGAAUUGUUGCGCAGCAGACUCGUCAGUUUUAUCACUGCUGUAUUAUGGCAACAUCGGAGAGUGACGAUUUUGAAAGUGCAGAUGAGGAAAUGAGCGCUCAGAGAGCACCAAGAUAUCAGCAGUCAAGAGCUAAGAAGUAUGUCUCCAUUGGCUCCGAUAGUGAUGAUGAUGUUGAUUUCAUACCAGUGCAGAACCAUGCUCCUGUGAAGAAACAUAGCAAACAAAAGUCGGCAUCGCAGAGAAAGCAUAAUUCCUCUACUGGUCAAGCUGAUGCAAAGCCUGAAUCCAAACAAAUGGAGAAAAAAAAGGUCACUGAUAAGAGUGAAAAAAAUCAAGGAGAGCCUAGCAAAGUAAACAAAGAAUUGAAUCAAGAGAAGAGUGAAAGCUCAAACAGUUCAAAAUCUGCUUCAAGUAAAAGAGAGAGGCCACAAAGGCAGCGCAAGCCUAAAGAAAUCCAGCCAUUGGGUGCUGUUAAAUUGGGUGCCACAAAAACUGAUAAGCUUCCAGAUGUUAGAGCAAGUACUUUUGAUGAGGUUAGGGGUGAUACAGUGGUUAAAGGUGAGCAACCUCCAUUAACCCAGGAAUGCUGGGAAGAGUGUGAUGAAAAAAAUUUGCGAGAAGAAUUAGAAAUUGCAUCAAAACAGAGUAAAGUUGAAAAAAAUUGUGAAAUAGAGAGCCCAAAAGAUGUGCCAGAGGAGUUAAAGUCCAACUUAAAAUUUAAAGAUCUUUUCAAACCAGAUGGUUGGGAAGCUUUGAAUGAGGAUGUUGUGCUUCCAGAUGAUUUAUCGGAUGAUAAAUACCAGCCAGUGCUAGAUAAACUUGCCAAGUCUGUUACAGUAGAGCAAGAAAGCCCAAAUGAUGGUUGGGGAGGUUGGGGUAGUUGGGGUGUCAGUUCACUGCUUAAUACUGCCAGUGUUGGUGUUUCAACGUUGACUAGUCACGUGAAUCAAGGACUGACGUAUUUAGAGGAGUCUCUGGGUAUUCCAAAUCCGGAAGAUUUAACUUUGGAGGAAAAUCCCGAGAAGGAAAAGUUGGAAAAAUCAGAAAUGGAAAAAAUAGAGCCAGAAAAAGUUGAGCUGGAAAAACCAGAGUUGAAAAACUCUGAAAAAGAGAACACACCCGAAGAAUCACCAGAUAGUCAGUCUCAAUAUUUAUCUUCAUUUGGCUUUGGCAGUUUCAUAUCAAGUAUGUCCUCAAUCACAAAAUUAGUCGAAACUACAAGCACAAAAGUCAUAUCAGGUGGAUUAGAUACUUUAGAAACGCUUGGAAAGAAGACCAUGGAAGUUCUACAAGAAGGUGAUCCUGGCUUGAAAAAGAAAAGAGCUUUCUUUUUGAAUGAAGCUGAUAAGCCUAUUCUGUCUCACAUCCUCAGAGAAGCCAAAGAAAAGGCAGAUCUCGAAGAAAAAUCAAUAGAAGAAAAAGAACUCUCAAGAAAAGUUCAUUUUGAAAGUCUUUUUGAUGAUUAUCAAGGCCUAGUGCAUUUGGAGGCUUUAGAAAUGCUGUCCAAACAAUGUAACAUGAAAAUCCAACAGCAGCUUAUGAAUCUCGAUAGUAGCGAUUUGACGUCCAUGCAGGAAACGUUGGAUGAAGUUAAAGAUUUAUGUGACCUAGGUGAUGAGGAUGAAGAUGAAGAUGAAGAACAGGAAAAGAAAGAUUUGACAAAAGAGCUUGAAGAAGCUACCAAAGAUUUAGGUAUUUCUGUGACCUACAACAAACUGGUCGACAGCUGGAACGCUAUGAAUUCUGAAGUACCAACAGAAUUAAAAGAAUCAUCUCAUCGUGAAAUAUUUCAAAAAGCAAUAUCUGCUCUGGCACAAUUUACAGCCUAUUCGGUAGAGAGAUUUCAUAAAACUGCAGAAUUACUUUUAAUUAAAGAACGCAGAAGUACCGUUAACGAGGCUGAUUCCUUGGUCCAACUCACAAAAACGUUAUCUUCACAAAUCGGCGUCAUAGCAAAUCUGUACAAUGAUAGAUUGCGUGAAUUCAAAGAGAAUGCUUACAAGUCCGAGGUUACUUCUAGUAUUACAACAAUCUCCUUGGAAGCAACGAACGCAAGCUCGUACGUCGAAGAAGCAUUUAGACUACUGAUUCCAAUCUUACAAGUCGGCGCGAUAUAAAUAAUAUUUAAGUUAUUGAAUGUUGAAAAUUUUUUAUUACAAAUUUAUAAAGAUGAGAAUCUGUGAAAGUUUAAUAAUACAUUAUUAAAUCUUAGAUUUCUAUGCACAUACUUAGAUUUAUACACAAUCAAUAUUUAUUACUGUACAUUUUUAACAUUCAAUAAAUAUCAUUGAAUGUUUAAACUUUCUACCUUAAUAUCAUCCCUCAAAAUUGAUACAAAAAACAUUCUAUAACAAAUUAUUGGCUCUACCCUCAAAUUAAUCAAGUGAGUAAAUUUAUGCAACUCAAAAACACUACUGUGUAACAGUUGUGCCUGAAAAGCAACUAUACGGGGUAUGACUAAAAUCCUGUAGUAGUUUCAUUACGAAAUACUUUUUGUGAAAACGUGUUUUCAGUUACAAUUUUGCUAAAAACAAUCCGCGUAUUAUGAUUUACGAUACGUAGGUUUAAAAAAAAAAAAAAGUAUAAAAAAUAUCUUUAAAAAGGGGCCUACAGUAAGCAACAAAACGAAUGAUUGAUAAAAACCUAAUAACAAACAGCUUCAACUUAUCAACAUGAAUAUUGGGCAGAAAUAUAAAAGUAUAUACUUUGAUUCAUAAUUUACAAAAUUACAAAAGAAAAGUAACUCAACUAGCCUAUUUGUUAUUUUACAAUCCCAUCUUCUCAUUCCAGUGCUUGGGCAAAUUAGUGUUUUCCUCGUUUGUUACCAACUGGAGGCUUCUGUAGUUGAAAGCUUGAACUCGUGUUGGAUGGUGCUAUAAAACUUG